AUGGAACGCUACAAGGAGCUUAAGGUUCUAGGCAAGGGAUCUUUUGGCAGGGCUGUGCUAGCGCAGGAAAAGAGCACGGGGAUUAAAUAUGUCAUGAAAGUUAUCCACAUUGCGCCGCUGAAACCCAGGGAGCGCGAGGAAGCACUUACCGAGGCCAAAAUACUCUCUAAGCUCAAGCAUCCGUACAUAGUCGGCUACCACGAAUCGUUCGCAGACACCAGGUACCUUCACAUUGUGAUGGAAUAUGCAGAUGCCGGUGAUCUUACAGAUGCUAUAAAGCGCCAAAAGAUGAAAAACUCAUUGUUCCCAGAGGACCAGAUCUGGGACUGGUUUGUUCAGAUAUGCAUGGCGCUCAAGCAUGUUCACGAUCGCAAGAUUCUUCAUCGAGAUUUGAAGACACAGAACAUCUUUCUGUGUACAGAUGAGAACGACAGGUCUCGCAAAACAGUAAAGCUGGGGGACUUCGGCAUAGCCAAGAUCUUACAAUCAACACUGGAGUGCGCGAGAACAGCCAUCGGUACUCCAUACUACUUGAGCCCAGAGCUCUGCGAGGACAAGCCGUAUAACAAUAAAUCUGACAUAUGGUCUCUUGGGUGUGUGCUCUAUGAGAUCUGUACCCUACAGCACGCAUUUGAAGCCCAGAAUAUGAAAGGGCUUGUUGUCAAGAUUCUUCGCGGUCAGUACCAACCCAUAUCAAACACAUACAGCCGAAAUCUUAGGGAGGUGCUUGACCGUAUGCUUCAAAAAGACCCCAAUAAACGCCCGAGCGUGAAUCAGAUCCUGAAGCUUCCGUUUCUCCAGGAACGUAUAAGAAGGCUCUUGCCAGAGGAUUAUUGGAACGAGGAGUUCUCCCAUACUAUCAUCCAUGGCCGUGGAAACGCUCUCGUUGGAUUUGGAGCUGGGCGUGUUGGUAUUCCCGGCAAGCCCGUUAGUGGAGUCCCGCCGAAAGACGACGCUUCUUCAGAAGCCAGCAGCGCUGGGAGGCAACCUGCGUCGAGACAUGGUCCCCCGUCCGCACAUCCGCCUCCACCACCAUCGCAGCAGAACAAACCAAUGUACUUCAAUCCCAACGGGGGAUAUCAGCCACCGGCAGCAAAUCAGAAGCUGUCUGCGGCGGAGGUUGCUGCUAUGGCAAUCAAGAAUAAUCAACGACCGCCACCUCCUGUCAACCAGUACCAGUCCAAUGUGAAGCAACCUGGCAUUAUGCCAGGGGCCAUUGCAGUCGGUGUACCAGGAGCUCCACCAGUCGUUCAGGUGAACAACAAACUUAGUUACGAUGAGAUAGUGCGCCAGGAAAAGCAACGUAUCGAGGAGCAACGCCGCCGCUAUCAGGAGGAUCAAGCGCGCGCUCAAGAGAAGGUCCGUCAAGAUUAUAUCAAAUACCAUGCGGCUCAGCAGGAAAACCGCGGGUAUCAUGCUGUGCAGGGUAACCCCUUUGCCAAGAAACAGGCGCAACAAGCAUCUGGCGCUCCAGGAGCGGGGCAUGCACCGUCUGCGGACAUGCUCGAUGCCAAGUUCGCUGACCUUCAAGAUUUCAUCAAUAGACCAGUGGCAGCCCAGCAGCCUCAGCCGUCUCGACAAUCACAAGCACCCAGUAUUUCCCAAUCUCCUACACGUCAGCAGCAGCAGCAGCAACAACAACAACAACAACAACAACAACGUGACCAAGCUAUACGCCGAAACAUUGAGGAACAGCGUAGGCAUCAGCAAGAAGUAAAGCGUCAGCUGGCCCCAGCCCCGUUAAAAGAACAAGCUAAAGACGCAAGGGAGCGUGAGCUCAUGGAGGCCCACAACAAAGUUCAAAGGCAAAAAGAAGAGCAAGAGCGUCGUAUUCGUGAAGCCAAAGAAAAGCAAAGAGCUGAAUGGGAAAAAAGGAACAGAGAGUAUGAAAAGCAGAUGGAGGAAAAGCGUAAAGCUGCUCAGGCAGCAGAGGAUCGUGAGAAGGAGAGGUUAUUUCGCAUUUCCAACGGACCAGCUAAUGCUGGCAGCGAAGCCAAUCCUUCCAAAGGGGGCAUGGAAUCCCUUCUACCUCCCAAAAUAAUGGAUCCCGGAGUACAGAACCGCAAUGAUCCGCGUAAUCAUGAAGAGCGCACGGAGCAGCAAAGGAAGCUUGAGGAACAGCGGGAUGCCAUGCGAAGGAUGAUCGCAGAGAGGAGAAGAGAACAGGAGCUAAAGCGCGGGGAGCAGCGUGCUCAGCCCCCUGUGGAUGAGAUCAAAGAAAACCUGUCAGCGAAGGGAAGGCGUCUCUGUGAUGUUCCAUCUGUGCAGGAACCAGCUGUUCAACCAACGGGCCAAACUGAUGACAAGAAUGCCCUUGCAUGUUUGGACGAAAAGGAUAGCGAUAGCGACUUUGAAGAUCCAUACUUCAAUCCAAACGCACCUGAUGGGAAUGGUGGCCCAGGAUCUUUGGACAAAGCGGAGAAGGCGGCUAACAUGAUGAAAAUGCUGCGGGCCGAAACCACCGAGGAGUCCAUCAGUCAGCGUAUGGAGCGCCUGCGGAUCCUUCUAGAGGGUGAGCUGGGUCUCACAAACUUUGUCAAAGCGUAUCAGUACAUACGUACCAAUACUGAGCAAGGCGGCGAAGACGAUCUUAACCAAAACGUAAUAGUAGGCAUCAUCGGAGAGACUAAUGUGGGCUUUAUCAAUACUAUCGUUAGCCUGAUAUACUGUGAGGACAGGUUCAAUACUGUCAGGUGA